GUGGCGAUUCCGGAGGUACAGAGUUGUAUAAAUAUCUGACCAUAGGAGAGGAAACGUUCAUUAAGUCAUGCAGUUCCGGACAGUCAACAUGUCAGUGAAGCUCAUUCUCGUUACCGCCACCAUCCUGCUCCUCUCUCACCAAGCCCUAGCGGGAUACCGUCGCGUGUGUUACCAUACCAACUGGUCCCAGUACCGACCGGGGCUGGGCAAAUUCAAAGUCAGCAAUAUCGACGCCAGCCUCUGUACCCAUCUCAUCUACUCCUUCGCCCAGAUCACCGACAAUCAGCUCGCCAUCUACGAGUGGAAUGAUGAACAACUGUACCAAGAGUUUAACGCCCUCAAGCUAAAGAACCCAAGCCUGAAGACCCUGCUGGCUGUGGGAGGAUGGAACCAGGCCAGCACACAUUUCUCUCCAAUGGUUACAGAUCCACAAUCAAGGGACAAAUUCGUCUCUUCCUCCGUCACCUUCCUCCGGAAGUACGGCUUCGACGGCCUUGACCUCGACUGGGAGUACCCAGGCAGCAGGGGAGGGAAAACCUCAGACAAAGCCAAUUUCGCUACACUUUGUAAGGAGUUACGAGAAGCGUACGAAGACGAGGCAAAACGGACCGGAAAUGAGCGACUCCUAGUAACAGCCGCUGUGGCUGCAGGGAAAAACUACAUCGAUCCUGCCUACGAUGUACCCGCAAUGGCCAUGUACUUGGACUUCAUCAGCAUUAUGACCUAUGACCUGCACGGUAGUUGGGAGCAAGAGACAGGUCACAACAGUCCGUUGUUUCCGAGGGUUUCCGAAAGUGACGAACAAAAACAAUUAAACAUGGAUUGGGCAUCCGACUACUGGAACACACUCGGAGCUCCAAAGGCGAACCUAAACAUCGGCCUAGCAUCUUACGGACGAGGCUUCACACUCACGGACGCGGCUAACCACAGUAUGGGAGCACCGGUGAGCGGGGCCAGCCCGGCCGGGACUUACACACGGGAAGCCGGAUACAUGGCUUACUAUGAGAUCUGUAAAAUGAUGGAGUCGGGAGGGACCACGUACAGGGACAGUGAACAGCUGGUGCCAUACUACGUGAACGACAAGACGUGGGUCGGUUAUGACGACGAGCAGAGCCUGUCCGUAAAGGUGGCUUGGCUGGCACAGGAAGGCUUUGGUGGCGCCAUGGUCUGGGCGCUUCCCCUGGAUGACUUCAACCAGGUUUGCACCUCGUCUAGCCGAAAGUUCCCAUUGGUAAACAGAAUUAAAGACGAGCUCAUCGCUGCUGAGAAUGGAUUCGUUCCACCAACUGUCGCCCCGGUAACCACGGCCUCGCCCACGACUGUUUCGGCUCAAACCGCCGUUCAUAAGACAACAAUGGCCAUGACUCCGGGUCCAGACCAGUGCAAUGGUAGGAAUGAUGGAUUUUACGAGGACCCAGCACAGUGUGGCCGCUACUUCCGGUGUGUCGGAGGGCAGGUAUACAACGCCCAGUGUGACCAGUCUGACGUCACAACGACACCACAAGUACCGAUCACAACCGCGACUCCUGGAACUUUCUCCUGUGAUGGCCGACCAAGUGGAGAUUAUUCACAUCCUACAGACUGCUCACAGUUUAUCAAAUGUGCCAACGGUCAACCUGCUUAUAUGUCCUGUCCUCCUGGGACGCUGUAUGAUAAGGACAAAAAAGUGUGUGCUUGGGCAGAUCAGGCUAAAUGUUAUACACCCAAACAUGUCAACAAUGGUACACCCAAACAUGUCAAUACUGGUACACCCAAACAUGUCAACAAUGGUACACCCAAACAUGUCAACAAUGGUACACCCAAACAUGUCAACAAUGGUACACCCAAACAUGUCAACAAUGGUACACCCAAACAUGUCAAAACUGGUACACGCAAACAUGUCAAUACUGGUACACCCAAAUAUGUAAAUACCAGUACACCCAAACAUGUCAACAAUGGUACACCCAAAAAUGUCAAUACUGGUACACCCAAACAUGUCAAUACUGCCCUAGCGGGAUACCGUCGCGUGUGUUACCAUACCAACUGGUCACAGUACCGACCGGGGCUGGGAAAGUUCAAGCCAAGCAACAUCGACGCCAGCCUCUGUACCCAUCUCAUCUAUGGCUUGGCCCAGAUCACCGACAACCAGCUCGCCACCUAUGAGUGGAAUGAUGAACAACUACUCUGUAAGGAGUUACGACAAGCUUACGAAAAGGAGGCACAGCAGACCGGCAAGGAGCGCCUCCUCUUAACGGCCGCCGUGGCUGCCGGAAAGAAGAACAUCGACCCUGCCUAUGAUGUUAUCGCAAUGGCAUUGUACCUGGAUUUUAUCAGCAUUAUGACCUAUGACCUGCACGGUAGCUGGGAGCAGGUUACGGGCCAUAACAGUCCGUUAUUCCCUCGGAAUUCGGAGACGGGCAUUCAGCGACAACUCAAUAUGAAAUGGGCAUCAGAUUAUUGGGUAGGACUGGGAGCUCCCAAAGACAAACUAAACAUCGGCCUAGCAUCUUACGGACGAGGCUUCACACUGAAGGACGCGGCUAACCACAGUAUGGGAGCACCGGUCAGCGGGGCCAGCCCGGCUGGGACUUACACAGGAGAAGCCGGAUAUCUGUCAUAUUACGAGAUCUGUAAAAUGAUGGAGUCGGGAGGGACCACGUACAGGGACAGUGAACAGCUGGUGCCAUACUACGUGGACGGCAUGACGUGGGUCGGUUAUGACGAUGAACAGAGUAUUUCCAUAAAGGUGGCUUGGCUGGUACAGGAAGGCUUUGGCGGCGCCAUGGUCUGGGCGCUUCCCCUGGAUGACUUCAACAAGGUGUGCGCCUCAUCUGACCGGAAGUUCCCCUUAACUAACAGAAUUAAAGACGAGCUGAUCGCUGCAGAGGGUGGCACCGUUCCACCAACUGUCGCCCAGGCAACCAGCGGCACUCUUAUUACCGCUCCUACUCUGGCGGUUAACAACAUGUGCAGUGGUAAAGAUGAUGGGUAUUACAAGGACCCUACCCAAUGUAGUCGUUACUUCCGGUGUGUCGAUGGACAGGAAUACUUCGACCAGUGUGACCAGUCUAACAUCACCACAGCACUACCAGCUACAGCGGCACCGAUCAGCACAAAAGUAAAGGCCCCAGUGACCACAGCGGUACCGCACAGCACAAGGGCACCAGUGACCACAGCAGCACCGGUCACCACAUCAGCACCUGGAUUUUUCUCUUGUACUGGGCGUCCUAGUGGAGACUAUCCAAACCCUACAGACUGCUCAAGAUUCAUUAAGUGUGCAAAUGGUGUCGCCUACGACUUCCAAUGCCCCUCCGGGACGCUUUACGGCAAAGACACCAAGGUGUGUGUGUGGGCUUAUGUGGCGAAGUGUUAGCUACACCGGCGAGAUAUAUCACUAAUGAGGUGGGAGACAAACUUUACGUGGCAGUCAUUUACGGCAAUCAAGAGGAGCACAGAACUUCAAUAAGUAUAAGACUACUUAAUCAAGACAGUGAGGAGUUCAUCAGAACUUAAAUUUAGCCUACCUUGACUCCAGCAUCAAGGGAGGGCACACAGAUCCAACGAUACCUUGAUAGAAUUCAUUUAAUAAUUACGAUAAUCUGUGUCUAGUUUAUGAUUUUAUGUAUUUUGUUACUUUUCAUAUCGUACAUAUAGCGUUUACAUUCAGGUAGGGUAAAGUAUUCAAAGAACCAUCAUAUCACUAGUUGUAGCCCUAUAAUCCAUUUGACCAUUAGUCCUCGCAAGUCAAAGGGUCGUCAUGCAAUUAGUCCGGACAGUCCAGACAGUCCUGAGACGGCACUGUAGUCCAAGGAUCACCAUGGAGUUACGAUAUUGCGUAUGUUGUGUACUAAUAUUCGCUCUCGUGACAAAUUUGCCCUCAUUUCGGAGAGCGAAAACGACGGAGAUUAGACUCCAUCGAAAAUAUCCUGAAAUACAGUAUUCUCUUCGAUCCUGGGGUGGGUUGGGGCAUUAGACCAAGGGACGUCGAGUAAUUAGUUCCGACAAUCAACGGAGGGUAGGGCCUAAACAUGUAAGGAGUCUUUACAAUCCAGGGAGGGUGCUGUAGUCAAAAGACUAUAAUAUAACUAGUCUUUACAAUCCAGGGAGGGUACAAUAGUCCAACGACUAUAAUAUAACUAGUCUUUACAAUCCAGGGAGGGUGCUGUAGUCAAAAGACUAUAAUAUAACUAGUCUUUACAAUCCAGGGAGGGUACAAUAGUCCAACGACUAUCAUAUUAUUAGUCUUUACAAUCAAGGGAGGGUACAAUAGUCCGAGGACUAUCAUAUAAUUAGUCUUACCAAUCCAGGGAGGGUACAAUAGUCAAAGGACUAAAAUAUGAUUAGUCUUUACAAUCCAGAGAGGGUGCUGUAGUCCAAGGACUACCGUGUAAUUAGUCUAUACAAUCCAGGGAGGGUAUAUAGUCCAAGGACUGUAAUAUGAUUAGUCUUUACAAUAAAGGGAGGGUACUAUAGUCCAAGGACUAUAAUAUGACUAGUCUUAAGAAUCCAUGGAGGGUACUAUAUUCCAAGGACUACCAUGUAAUAAGUCAUUACAAUAAAGGGAGGGUACUAUAGUCAAAGGACUAUAAUAUGACUAGUCUUAAGAAUCCGAGGAGGGUACAAUAGUCCAAGGACUAUCAUAUAAUUAGUCUUUACAAUCCAGGGAGGGUAUUAUACUCCAAGGACUACCAUGUAAUUAGUCUUUACAAUCCUGGGAGGGUACUUUAGUCCAAAGACUAUCAUAUAAUUAGUCUUUACAUUCCAGGGAGGGUAUUAUAGUCCAAGAACUAUAA